CUCCGGAUCCCCACUAUGGACCAAUUCUCUUCCUCGUGGCCCUGAGACUCUCUCUCUACUCCAUUCACUCUUCAUGCAGGCCUUCUCUUGACGUUCAUUGCCAGCACAAUGGUCAGCACGCCUGGUCCCUCCGCGAUACCACGGUCUGAUCCUGUCCAUGUCCCUUCUUUACAGGAAAUCCCAUCGUCCCCACCUUCGAUAGUGUCGGAGGCUGGUACUCGACGCAAGCCCAAGCGACCUCCUCCGGUCACCCCCCGAUCGUUUAGGAGGUUCUUUACGCCUCGUUCGUUACUCAAUGCGGCGGGCAAUACAGGAAAUGUCAAGACUAGCCGGCAAGCUCUGAAGGAGCUCAGUUCUCCUGUGGUCAACCGCCUAGGUCCUGCGUUUACUAGGAUCCCGAAAGGCAUCGACAAUCGCCCUGCGAACCACGCCUCCACUGAGCUUACGCGCAUACCCAGCACGAAGAGAAAGUUCUCGAUUUCAUCCCUAGGCUCGCCACAGCAAUCAUCACCACUGAGAAAAGUCCGUAUUGCGCCGCGCAUCCACGAAGAUGUGAUCCUGGAGCGGCCUGUUGACGAGAUCCAUAUACCGGAGCCCGAUCGAGAGGCCCAGUCGAAGCCGGAAUAUGGCCUUGCGAAUGCCCUUGAAGAAAUCAAGGCUCCUGCCAAGCCCAUUCGCCGCUCAGUUGCAUUGCAAACCAGUGGCCAAUUGUAUAUGCGCAGCAUUGGUACACCACGAGCCAACAGGACCGUAAUUCGGUCUACUUAUGGCACAGGAUGGCAGGAUCAGACCUCAAAUUUCUACACUCGGGCGGACGACCUCUAUUCCUGCGUAAGCCAUACAGAAGAUCGUCUUUCCCUUCCGUUUUGCAUUGCUUCCUGCAAUACAAAUACGCUCGUUGCUGUCGGCGAUGAGGAGGGAGGUAUCAGACUCUUAGAAUCCGCAAAAAAUGACAAGACCGGCUUUUCAAAAGCCUAUCUCACAUUUCGUCCUCAUGGAAACGCGAUAAUGGAUUUGGAAUUUUCCGCCGAUGACAAACUAUUGGCUACCGCCUCCGGAGAUCAAACGACGCUCGUCAUUGAUAUGGCAACUCAGAAACCCGUCUACUGUCUUUCGAAUCACGUUUCUUCCGUUAAACGAGUUCAAUUCCAGCCAGCCUCUAACGGAAAUGUCAUUGCAACCUGCAGUCGCGACGGUGACGUGAAUAUUUGGGAUCUGAGGUGCAAAGGUUUCGAGAGACCAUCGUUACAGGCGCGGUGCUCACUUGAUUCCGAUAUUGAAGAUGCGCAUGCCGCACUAUCGCCCAAAAUGAAGUACCCUCAGGUCCUGAAUAGCAUCCAUGGAGCUCAUGCAUGGAUGCCACCUCGACCUUCAGGAACUGAACGAGCAGAGUCUCAAAUUGGUCGUCAGGACAUUUCGGUCACCUCUCUUGCUUUUCUCCCCCCGGGUCGGGAAAACCUUUUUGUCACGGCGUCCGAAGCCAAUGCUUGUGUGAGACUAUGGGAUCUUCGCACGGCUUACAAUAUCCGUCGCGGCCGGCCUGUCCCGCUGUCAACCACCCGAGAGCCAGAUAGCCAUGUCAAGUAUAGGCGCUUCGGCCUUACUUCGAUGACAUUUGGCGGUGACGGAUCCAGGUUGUAUACAUUGUGCAAGGAUGGUACGGUGUAUGCUUACUCGACAGCACAUUUGAUCCUAGGCCAUGCUCCAGAACUAGCCUUGAACAACACGCGCCCUCGACGUUCCGGGGGGCCUGACAAGGAGGGCCUUGGUCCUCUGUAUGGAUUCCGUCAUCCACGACUUCAGGUGGCUUCCUUCUAUGUCAAGACGGCCAUUCGCAAGGCCGCAGAUGAUAAGGGAGAGCUACUCGCUGUUGGCAGUAGUGACCAUUGCGCUGUUCUCUUUCCUACCGACGAGCGCUUUCACCAGAUGGCCCAGAAACCAGUUACCGAUAUAAGUGAUAUACCUCUGCCAGCAACACGCUCUUGUCUGGCUCGUGCUGGUCUGCGCCGCACUAAUUCUGGAGCUGGCCUAUUUGGAAGAUUAGAAGAUACCAUCCCUAUCUAUCAGAACGGCACUGCCCUCAUUGAAGGCCACAAAAAGGAGGUUUCCGCCGUAUCCUGGACGACCGACGGCGAGUUGAUAACAGUCAGCGAUGACUACUCCGCCAGGUGCUGGCGCGAAGGUCCUGAUGCAAGAGACCUCCGCACAGGCGGCGAAACCGAAGGUAGACGCUGGAACUGUGGAUGGGCCGACUCGAAAGACUCGUAUGACGACGAGGAGGAAUAAUUUUCAUACUCUGUUCCUUUUCUUUAUUCUCGCUCUGCUUCCUAGACACAUCAUCUUUUAAUGUUUUGAGGGCGAAUUAUGCAUUGCAAGGCGUCGGGAUUUGUCUGUUAUUGAGCGUGGCGUCUGGAAGAAAAUUCCCUGUCUAAUGGGAAAUGUUACAUGUCAUUUUACUCGUCUUUUUCGAUAUCUUCCAUAGCAUAGCGAGCAAUAUUGGAUCGUUAAGACGACUUUCCAUUUCUUACGAUCAUUUUCUGGUCUAGAGAAAGUGCUAAUUAUUUUGGCGGUACCUCAAUAAUACAAGCCUACAAUGCCUACUAGCUACGUCGAAAGAGAUCGAAUCCGAGUCUUCCAUAGCAUAAUACGAUGCGGUUUAGAU